UUGACGAAUUCACAAAACAGCCAAUUUUUUGUAAAUUCAAUUUGUUAUUACGAUUGAAACGAUAUAAUAAUAAACUAUGUCGUAGAAUUUUAAUAAAGUCUUGUUGUCGUGUUAAAAUCAAAUUACCAGAUGCUUAUUCGAAAAUGUAUUUCCCUAUAGGAUGGCCUAAAGUUUUACAAAACUUGGGUAAUGAUGCUCAGUUUAAGCAAAUCGUAUCAAAUAGGGACAAAAUCUUAUUCGCCUCUCUUAGCGAAGAUUGCUUUGUUGUCUGGUUUUGCAAGCCAAGUGUUCCAAUAGUAUAUCACAAGAGGAGUGUAGAAUCUCUGCAGAGGCUGGGUGUCAAUAUUGGCAUAGAAUGGAAGCCAGAUUCAUCAAUGAUAUGCAUUUCUACAUCAGAAGGUCAUUUAAUCUUGUACAAUGUGGAAGCGCAGAGUGAUCAAACUGCGUAUCAGCAAUGUGACCCACCCAUGGCUAGUCUCAGAAGGGAUUCAGCGGAACUCUUUGUUAAAGAAGUCAUACCUUCACUUAAAAUCACUCUGUUCAAAGAAAUAUUAGUAUGGGAUGGGCAGAUAACUCGUAUGUGCUGUAUAUCGGGCACAGAGAUACUAGUGUGUACGACGCGCGCUCACCUGCUGCGCUACCGAUGGGACGGCUCGCAAAACCGGGACUACUGCCUCGACCUAGGCCGCAUACCAUUCUCCAUCAACCAGCAAGUUUCCAAAGCGGAGCCGAUAUUGGAGGACAAUACUCAUGUGAAUGAUAUCGAAUAUUCUCCACUAGUUUGUGGAUUUGGCAUUACGCUAAACGAUGGAAGGGCAGCCUACCUCACCGCACCCAACCUCAAGUUCGACCCUAAUGCAGUUCAAGGCAUUUGGGCGCAGGGCAUCGACGAUGCGACUUGCGUUCGUGUCAACCAUAAAUUCCGGCUUAUCGCCAUCGGUAGGAAAAAUUCUCAAGUGGACGUGUUCACGAUAGACGAAGUGACGGGCGGUUUGGAGCUGUCACACACCAUGGCGCUUAGUUCUAAGGAUUUUCCUGGCGAUCCCGGUCCAGUUAAGUGUUUGAGGUGGACGGGCGACGGUCGAGCAGUAGCUGUUAGUUGGGAAGGAGGAGGUGUGUCAGUGUGGAGCACUUUUGGCGCCUUGCUAAUGUGUUCACUCGCUUGGGACUACGGUCUCAGCCAGGAUUUGGCGCGACACAAUCCGCUUGUUGUCUGCAGUAUGGAAUGGGCCACAGAAGGAUACCAGUUGUGGAUGGUCAAAAUAGAAGAAGAUUUAAAGUCAAAUUUAAUUCAAAUGGACUUUGUCAAGAGUCCCCUCAGUGUCAACCCUGGAAUGAGUAACCAAAGGCACUUAUACCUUCAAGCGGACGACAAACUCUACGUAAACCUUGACGACAAUCUCACUCGACGGACGAAGAUGUCCAUCAUCGACUCUUCAUCUGACACGUACCAAGAGAACGGCUCAGAGCAGCCGGUGGAGUACGACAGUAGCGCCAAGUAUCAGGAGUUUGUGGACGACAACGAGUGCAGGAAGCAGUGGGUUGUGCUGCAGCUGCCUGCUACGUAUAUUGCCAGCAAUUGGCCUUUACGAUUCAGUGCGGUUGACCCGAGUGGGCAGCACGUUUGCGUGGCCGGCCGUGCGGGCCUCGCGCACUACAGCUGCGCCGCGCGGCGCUGGAAACUCUUCGGCAACGAGGCUCAUGAGCGGGACUUUGUGGUGACGGCCGGCGCGCUGUGGUGGCGCGACUACAUCGUUGUUGGUUGCUACAGUAUCAUCGAAGGUCAUGAUGAGAUUCGCUUCUAUCCGCGAGACGCGAAACUGGACAACCGUUUCGCGAAGAUCGUUCGCGUGCAAGCACAGGUGUUUGUGUUGGACAUAUUGGACGAUCAACUCGUGGUCUUCGGUGCUGACGCUCUCGUCACUAUCUACGAGCUGAAUAGGAUUGAUAAUAAUGGCAACAUCGAAGUACGCUGCGUGCAAGCGGUGGACAUAUCAGCGUUGUCGCACCCCGCGUGCGUGGUGUCGGCUUCACUAUGUCGCCUGCAAGACCCCUCCCCGUCUCACCUCGCACGCACCGAUCCCCCGCCCGCGCCGCACUCACUAGUAAUUAAUGCAAGCGGCAAACUAAUGAUGGUGCAAAGGGAAGAAUAUGACGUCGAUGAAGACAAUAAUCCGGCCUACAGCUGUCUACCAGCCACAGUCCUAGCAUCAUGCGUGGAAAGCGUCUGGUCAGGCUGUGGCAACGGCACUCAGACACAGCUAUCCCGAGCGCUCUGGCUAUGGUGCGGGGCGUUGGGUGCUCGCGUGUGGUUACCCCUGAUACCGCGGGAGGCGACGCGUCGGACCGAUCCUUCGCGACACACCUUCAUGGCGAAACGGAUCAUGCUGCCUUUCCACCUCGAUAUUUACCCACUGACAAUUCUCUUCGAUGACGCAAUUCUUCUUGGAGUGGAGAACGACACAACGUUAUAUGCGUCGGAUUCAAAUUCGGUGUUUUCACUUCCAUUUUGCGUCAUAAAUAGAACGAGCCAAGUGUACCUACACCAAAUAUUGCGUCAAUUACUACGCCGCAAUCUUGGAUACCACGCGUGGGAAAUCGCGCGGUCGUGUUCCCAGCUGCCAUACUUCCCACAUUCUUUGGAACUGCUGUUGCACGAGGUUUUGGAGGAAGAGGCGACAAGCAAAGAGCCCAUACCAGACGCUCAGCUACCGAGUGUGAUCGAGUUUGUGCAUGAGUUUCCUGUUUAUUUGAAGACGGUAGUCCAGUGUGCGCGUAAAACUGAGAUAGCUCUAUGGGCGUACCUGUUCUCCGCGGCCGGAAAGCCUAAAGAAUUGUUUCAGGAGUGUCUACAGAGAAAGAUGCUCGACACCGCCGCUUCUUAUCUUAUCAUUCUACAGAAUCUGGAAAGUUCUACAGUAAGCAGACAGCUAGCGACGCAGUUGUUAGACACAGCACUGCAACAGGAACGCUGGGACCUAGCCAGAGAUCUCGUACGCUUCCUAAGGGCCAUUGAUCCAAACGACGUGGAUUCGCCCCGAAAUUCAGUGAACGUCCAACAGAAGUACGGGCAAGUUGUGCAGUCACAAACCGUCAGUCCGAAUGCCGAAGAUUUGUCGGUCAUACUCGGGAGUAUGCAGUUGGCCGGCGGACGUGGUCGCAGCUUCAGCACCACGGCGGCGCCGCGGGAGCCCUCCCCGCCCGCCGGCGCCACGCCCGCGCCCGCACCGCGCCGCACGGCCGCUGCUACCGCGGCUGUCAAGAGAAAAAAGUCCGUGCCUGCGAGAAGUGACAGGGAAUCAUACAACGGCACAGCAGAAGAAUUCUUCAUAGACAUGAUGAUCCAAAGACACGCCCGUCUCCUCCUAUCUACCGCGCGGUUGGUAGCCCUGGGUCGAUUGGCCGCAGCCUUGGACCUGCAUCUAGUAGCGUGGCUGGCGGGCGAAAGGGAACGCGCCGCUAGGGUUGACAAUGCUGUGUUGUGUUUGAAGAGGCUACAUGAAGACUUCAACUGGCCGUAUCCUGCGUUGACUGAGGAGCAACAUGCGCAGAGGAAAAGUAGUGUUGUGCCAAUGCCAUAUACUGGAAACGCAGAAUCAGACAGUCAAUGCGGAGACAGCGGCUACGUUUCGUUGUCUCUCCGAGCCGUCUUACCCUUAGCAGCGGGGGCGCCACUCUCGCCGGCACCUUUGAGUUCGGUCGGUGAGGGAAGUGUGGCAGAAGGCGGUGGAGUCGCGUGGGGAGGUGCUUUGGCCGACGGCGACACGGCUGCGGAUGCGGGCGAAGAGAGGAGAUACGCCGCUCUUAUGGAGCGUCUGCAUCAUCACCAGGCCGAAAGGGGAGACCACACUGCGCAUGUGCAGCUCAGAUACUAUUUGCAAUUGAUGACGGAAGCAAGCUGCGUGGAAUGGGCGUUAGUUGUAGCAGUGGUAUUACGAGAUGCCUUGGCGGUGUUGAGAUGCGCGAACGCGGCGCGCGGACCGGACGUCAGCUUGCAAGCCGCGAAAAGACUUCGCACCGCUUUAAUUGAUCUUCACGCUUGGACGGAUGUUGAAUGCCUCGGUUACAAGCCAUUCAUGUUAGCGAUCAGCAACCAGAUACCGUUCCUAACUUCAAUAAUAAACGCCCGAGAGCGCCGCGUUUCCAUGGCAACGGCCCGAGCGCGCACGGCCAGUACCAGCUCGCUCACGGAACCGAAACAAACUCCGCAAGAACCGAGGUUGCCUGCGCCGCAAAAGGCUCAAGAGGUAUCAAAACAAUCGGUAAGAAAGGAUUCUCCCAUAACAAUGCCCGAAGUUCAAACAGAAGUCUUACCCGUCAGGCCUGCCUUACCGUCCCGAGAGGAAACCGCGUCUAACUGUGCCAUAAUGUAGGCUUUUAUAAAAUUGAAUAUCAAUUGAAUAUUAGAAUCGGUUAAACUGUUGGGCCGUGAAAAGGUAGCAGACAGACAGACAGACAGACAGACUUAUAAUAUUAGUAUGGAUUGAGUUAUUACACAGAUAAAAUGAUAAUUAUUAAAAAUAAUUUUAUAAAUUCUAACUAUUAAAAAGUGAAACUUUUUAAUAUUCUUUAAUACCUCUGGUGUACGAUUAUAUUCUUUACUUUUCCUUUUAAUAACAGCUUUUAAUUUAUAUAAUAAAAAGGAUAUUUUCUACAAUACGUUUGUCAGUAUGUCUAGUCUUCUAUUUUGUUAGUUCUAUUUCUUUAUACAAUUUAUAUGAUUUAUUACGAAAUAGUGAUUAAUAUUAAUUAAUCAAUUUUUAACAAUUUCGUAAUUAUUAUUUAUU